AUGGAUGUUCUCCAAGAAGAUGACUUUGAAUCUCAUCGCAAAAAGGGUCCAACUCGCGAGCAUGUUUUAGUGCCAUCAGCUGAGGUCACAAAUGCGAAUAUCUCCAAGUUUCCCUGGUUAGCAUCCUGCUAUUACCGAGCAGUGGUCCAGUCUCCCUCUUCCUCAGAGUGGCAUCUCACAGGAAUUGAUACAGUUCUACAAAGCAGUGCCUUGCAUCUUAUUGCUCCCAGAAAUAAAAAUACUGCACGACUUUGUAGUAGAAAGCGGGUAGCGCAGUACGAUAAUGCGCUAUUUACGGAAUUUGACGAAGCGAAUAUCCACGAAGCACCACCAUCAAGACGCUACAGAGACAGAAAUAUUGGAUACAUGUUUCAUGUUCACUGUUGGGAAGUCUUGGGCCAUCUUCUCGGGCAUGAAGUGAUCGAGAAGAAUCUUGUUAAAGUUAUUUCCGCCGUGAGACAAUAUUGGUACUGGCGUACCCCGCGGUACAUGGAGCUUUCCAUGGAUGAAAGGCUUGGUGUCAUGGACAUGGAUACCUCUUUCCGUGCGAAUGAGUGGGAUAAGGUUGCCUACGCCAAGUACCCAGAGUACGCCCACGGCUGCGAUAUCCACCGUAGCCCUUGGGUGGUGCCUGAAGUUCAGAAUAUAAUUAAGCUAGCUCGAGCGCAAAGGAGAGAUCGGAAGAGCCCUGACCUCAAUAAGCUGCCACUCGAAAUUUGUCUCCUCGUGUUGGAUAUUAUUUGCCCUCUUGAUUUCACUCAACGUGAUGUGCAGAGUACAAGCAACAUGUUAUCGGUGUUUGUAUUGAAUGUACCAGAAUUCUUUUGGCGAAGCCGAUUACAAGCCAAUCACGAUUUGUUCUUUGAGGUGGACUGUGUCAGAGAUCAUGAUUCUUUGGACUGGCAAUGCUUAUGGCUAGGGUUGAUGGAUCUUCUUGCCGAUCAUACUUGGUUCAUAUCCAGCGGCUAA